UGCCUUGUGAUACUAUAGGCGUGUUCAAAUUGUCCUGUUUUGACGUUCGCGCACCUGUCCAAGUAACGAGCUGCCCGAGCAGCUCUCUGGCUCAUAAUCGAAACUAGGACGCUGGAUCUAGCUUGUAGCAUAUUACAACAACUACUUGAGGUGCUGGGACUAUCAACGCGCUUGUUUAGUUCGAUCAACUCGUGGAACCUGGAGUUCAGCUGCUGAGGAUGGGCUCUUAGCGUAGCGGCUAGGCAUAUUCAAGUUCCUAAUAAGCACGAUGGAGUUGCGCAUGCCUAGGCGAAGGGCAGCAUCGGCGUGGGCUCUGCUGGCGCUCGUGGUGCUCUCGGAAUGCCUCGUCGCGCCAGCUCUCGCGCUGGCGCCUCCCUCGGGAGCGGGACCUGCGGGUAACACCGCAACGUCGCCUCAGGCGGCCGGCCCUGGCGCAGCAAGCGUAACCGGGCGUCGUGUGUUCGCGUCUCAGCUGGAGCGUGACAACGCCCGCAACCGGACCUACCAGCCUUCCUUUGGCCUCUUCCCAAAAGGCUGCCGCUGGCGCACUGUCACGCACGAUAACUCCUCCUCAGUGACGUACCAGUACUGGGACUUUCAGGCGGAGACCUGGGGCGACGAACGGCCGGCCGCGUGCGUGCCCACCAGCUAUCCCGCGCCGGGGCCGCCGGGAUGGCGCUGGAACAAUGACACGCCGCGCACCGAGGUCACCUGCCAGACCUCGCACUGCGUGUACACGAACAUGUAUUACAACAAUGGCCGCUGGUACGCGCUGGUGGAUGGCGAGCUGUAUAUCCCGUCCUGGCGGUUCAGUCGCAAUCAGGAGGUCGUGCCGUUCCAUGUGCUCGAUGCCAAGGAGUUCAUUGACUCAGUCAAAUAUCAAGUGGUGCCCGGCGAUACCAUCCUGUUUGACUUCAUCUUCUUCAUCCACCCCACCGCCAUCGGGCACUGGUGGGAGAUGCUGGGGCCGCUGUACAGCAUCCUGAAGACCAUCAACUUCAAGCGCCCCUGCGACCAGUUCGUGCUGCUUCAUCUGGGCCGCCAGCACCUGCUGGAGUGGGUGCGCGCCAUGAUUGCAGUCACGCUGGGCGUGGGGCUGGACGACGAGCUGCCGCCGGUGCUGGUGCAGGAGGAGACCGACAACGCAUGGAACCAGAUCACCCAGCAGCUGUCAGGUUUUGCGCGCGACACCUGGUACGUGUUCGAGCGCGUGCUGAUUGUCAAGGACUUGGCUACGGGCGGCGGCCGCGUCUUCCACACGUUCGACGAUGCGCGCGAGUUCCGAGGGCUCAUCUACCGGCAGUACGGCCUGCCGCCGCCGGCGCCGCGGCCGCAGGUGCCGCGCGUCAUUACAUUCCAGCGCAAGCGUGCCAACCGCCGCAUCGUCAACGAGCCCGAAUUCGUGGAGCUGCUUAAGCAGUACGGGGAGCUCAAGAUUGUGGAGUACGGCAGUAACUCGUCUCUCUACGAGCAGCUGCUCCAAAUGCGCGAGACUGGGGUGUACAUCUCUGUGCACACCUCCAAUCUCGCCAACGCACCGCUGCUGCAGCCGGGAUCGGCGGUGUUUGAAAUCAUCCAGCGUAACUGGAUGUGGAACGGCCUGGACCGGUCGUUCAAAGACCAGACCCACAUGAUGGUGGACAUCCACCACUACGCCUGGCGAGCUAAGUACAUCAACCAGACCGUCUACCUGAACGAACGCGAUUUCCACAAGGUUGGCCACUGGCCAGCGGGUCAGUGCGGCACGGAGGAGUGUGUGGAGGCGCACACGAACGUGGACGUGAUUGUGGACUUGGCCGAGUUUAAGGCCCUGCUGGAUGACCGCCUGCCGCACGUGUGGGCGGGAGAGGGCGUGCAGCAGGCGUCCAUCCCCUGGCCGGACUGGUAGGCGUGGUAGCCGCACGUAGCGCCAUGGAAGGUGGGGUCGGUACCGGGGUGGAGGUUAGGGAGGGGGUUGGAUGGUGGCGGGGGUGGCAGGCGUGGCUGGGUGGAUCACAGGUACCCUGGGGGUGGGCUGCAGUGGUGCAGGUGUGUUGGUGUACAUAGGAACUGUAGUGGUAUGGGUGUGAGCAGGACGGUGCUUAGUGAAGGGAGACUCAUGCAAGCAUGAGUUGGGUGUGCAAUGGGCCAGUUGUAAGGCAGGUUGGUGAAGUCCCGUAGGGUGCAGCUGAUUCCCAAACCCCAGCAGAUGGCAAACAAUUUGCAACGGCAGGGCAGGAGUGCGCGGCCGAGUUGCGGGCAGCGGCAGCAGCAGGCCGCAUGCAACAGCCGAGCCUGACGGCGGCAGUAACGCACUAACGCUCAGCGCUCGUAUCUUACGAAGGCAGGGGCGGCGUCAGUGGCCGAAUUCCUUAAAAUGGCUUCGUUUGGUUGACGAAACAGGCUGCCGCCGCUUCGUUCACCCCCAAAAUUUUUCCGGGGGCUCCGCCCCCGACCCGCACGAUGUCGACACCGACACGACACGCCCACUCCUCCCCUGCUUCCCGCCGACCCAACCUCACUCUCCCGCCGUCAACACCCAUAGAUGCAGCCCUCUGAGUCUUCGUACCAUAUGCCACGCAGGUUUCGGCCGUGGAGUAGCCGCUGGAACCCCCUUGUCCUUCGGCCAAAAGUGGCCGAAAUCCCCAAAAUGUCUUCGUCUGUUUGCCGAAAGACCCCCCAGGAUCCCGUGCGUUUUGGCCGAAAUUUCAAGUCAAGAUCACAAAAAUUUCGUCCGCCAGAGGCCUUUUUGGGCAAUUUUCGUUCCGAACGAAGGAAGAUACGAGCGCUGCUAACGCUUGCAUCAGCAGACGCUUUGUAAAGCAUGGGUGGUGGAUGGGUGGAUCGCAUCGCGGGAUAGCCGGAUAGGGCAAUAGGGCCGUGAAUAUUGAAAGGGCCAUGGUGUUGGGAUGCGGCGGCAUGGGGUUCGGCAACGGACUUCUGUAAUUCCGCGUAACACCUGCCCCUGCCAAACCUGCACCUGCCCAAACCUGCGCCUUCCGCCGCCCAAACUUGGAAUGGGCAGGCUCUGGCGCCGGGCCGCCGGCCCUGCCUUCGUAAGAUAAGCGCACUGUGGAUACGAGAGGUGAAAUGGGCCGAAAAGCUAGUACGAG